AUGUCACAGAGUUUAAACCUGUGUUCCAGUGAACCGGAACCUGAAUGGCCGGACGACGUCGAGAAAAACGGUGAGCUCUUCUAUGUGGAGCAAAGUGAGGAAGCAUCCUGGCCUCGAAGAGAUGUUUGGAAGGCCUCCAAAAUCCCCAAGUCGCAACUUGUUGACCCCAGUCCGAGUCGCCGCGCGAAGAUCUCUGCGCCUGUUGCACCUCUAGUGGGUCUGCUGGGUGAGGACGACGUCGCCCCACCGCUGAGGUCCGUCCACCAUGUCCCACAUGGACUUAUGUACCUGUCACUUAAGAUGGAUGCCACGGCACCAAAGGAAGAGGUCCAUCUGGAGGAGGAGAUCUUGUACCUGUACCCAGCGUCAGAGGCGUCUGCUCGGCUCAAAGGUGCCAGAGGGAUCUUCUUGACGCUGUGUGACAUGUUGGAAAACGUCACAGGAGGCCACGUUGUUAGUUCUACGCUGCUGCUGGACAAGCAUCUAGUGCACGUCGGCUACUGGAAGGAAGGUGACGCCCUGCUGGUUGUCGGGCUUCCUGCUGAGAGUGUACCGUUGCUGUGCCUGCAGUCGCUAAUCGGUGAAGCCGUUCAGACUUUAAGAGUCAUGUUCGGAUCCUUGCGCAAGGCCUUCUGCAAGGCAGAACACAAGCCACAGCUGGACCAGUUCUUCUGCUUGUUCUUCCAGCGGGUAAUCCAGCCUGCCAUCCAACGAGAAAACGCACACUUGGAACCGCCCUGCGACGUCUUCGGGAACGUCUUCCUUGACGGGCUGCCGGCUGUGCGGUGGCUCACGCUACCUACAGAAGUCAAAACAGAGCUGGACUCUGUUCUCACUGACUUCGAGGCCUCUGAUUUUGGAGAAACGUCGGAGUACUUCUUCGGUCUGAGGCGUUUCUACGCAAUCCUGGGCUCUUGUCUCUUCUACAAGUCCUACCUGAUUGCCAACCAUCUUCCCAAAGACGACAUGCUUGACGUGUGUCUAUACAUGCGGAACUACUGCCUGCUGCCUGCUGAGUCCCAGCAGCGGGUGGGCCACCUGGUCAUCUGGCGGGAGCUCUUUCCCCUGCGCCCCACUCCAGGACGUCACUUCCUCCUCAUUGUGGGCCUGAGGUUCUGGGUGCAGUGUGUUCUGCUGGAGGCUGGAAGCUACGCGUCAUCUUGUUCUGCAUCUCCAGGACCUGAUUGUGUUUAUGUGGAUCAGGUGAAGGCUACACUCCAGCGAUUGGAGACCCUGAAGGAGGCUGUCGAGGAACAUCUGAGCACACGCGUCUCUCCGCGCCUGUCAUGCGCCGACUGGUUCCUGCAAGAUGGCCCGGCUUUGGGCGGCAGCUUAUUUGGAGAUAAGGCUCGAGACUAUGGGAGUGAUGCGCACGGAGACAUUACACCAGGCUCUCCAACGAGGAUCCUGGGUGGGCAUCAGGACUCUCCUGAUGCGAGUGUUGGAAUCUUCAAGGUGCCGUGGAGGAAGCACUCAAACCCGUUCCACUUGGGCACGCUGAUGAAGUCUCUGAGUAGGAAGGACUUAGGCGACAAUUCCACCUCCACUAUAACAAGCUCCGGUGCUGGCAACACCUUGUUCCACUACAUACUCAUGGAAACAGCUCAGGGAAUCUUUAUCGCACCCUCACGAACGGAGGAGGCACAGCUGGGCGGAACUGUUCAUCCUUCGCUCAUCCGCAACUUUUACCACUGCUGUCUUUCCAUUCGGGCAGCAUUCAAAGACAACAUGCAAUCUGGGGGCAAAGAAGGUCAAGAUCCUCCAAGGCCUCAGGGUUUGGGUACAGUCAAAGAGCACGGAGUCCUGUUCCACUACAGACCAGAAAAUUUGGCAGACCAGAAGAAACCAGCCCCCACUCUGACAUACUGGGUCGUAGGGCGAUUGUUGCUGGAGCCCGUUCCUCAGGAGUUCUACGUGUGUUUCCACGAGUCUGUACCGGAGGUUCCUGUGGAGAUGGCGUUCAGACUCUCCUUCGGCUUGGCUGUUUGA